UCCACCCUUGUGCCAACGUUUGUUUAUUGAUGAAGCGCAAUUUUCCGUUUAUGAGUUUUUGCGCAUUUUUGCCAAUUCACCAAGUGUGUGGUGCUCAUGGACAGGGGCAGAAGUAAUUCGAAUAAAUAAAAGUUUACCAGAAUAAUAGGAAGGCGAUGUGCAAAAUAUUUGUGAAAAAUUCAUGUUUAAGAUAAACUUACAAUCCCCCCGUCAGCAAAAAAUGAAGAGUUUGCGACUGAUGAUCGAAGGGGGCCCCGACGGCAUUUCAAGUUUACUGUUCAAUCUCCCAACAGCAACUUUAGUGCCGCUACACCCCCCCCAACAACAUUUACCAUUUACAGAGGGCCUCAACUCGUCGUUCCGCCUAGGACCCCCGAUACCCUUGAUCCGCCACUGGUUACAAUCGGUUAGUCGGCACUGGAGGCAGCGGCGUUACAUUUUACGUUAGCAAACCUGUGCUCCUGUGGGGGAUAUUUUAAACGAAAAUAAAGCGAAAUAGGUAAAAUAUGUCUAGCAGCUUACCUUCAUUAGACCGUAGCCGACGCAUGCUAUUUGAUUGAACCAACUCUGAUUGUUCGAAAUUAACAAUGCCAGUCAUAUACAUUACAAUAUUUGUUUAUAACAUUCUCUUCCAAAAAUCCCUACAAAUAUGAUAUCGAAAAGCACCAGAACGAGAUACGAUGCUACACGGUGGUAUCACCCAACCAGCCCCAGAACAUAAUAAGUAACGCGCAAACAUAAUGAUGAUAAACAUUCGAAGUAUUUUCUUGCACACAUAAUUUAUCACAAUUAGAGCGUGGCGGUCAAGCGAACGGAGGCGAAAGAUGGUGGUGAUGGAGCUUGAAAAUGUUAUCCGAUAAAGAAUGCAGUAAAUACUGGAAUAAACCCCUUAGCCUGGUGGGUGAGGAUGCCGUGACUCCGUGUUAGAUGGUUGAUGGGAUGUUUAUGCGAAGGAUGUUAAAACCUGAACCCUGUCAUCCAUUUGGUAUGAUUGAUGAUCCCAAUUGCACAAUUAGAGCUAAACUGUAGUAUAAAAUAGGAGAGCACUUUGAGAGUUUAGAUAAAAGUAAUUCAUAAUUUUUUUUUUCGUUUUUUCUGGAGAGACAGAGCUUUUUCAGAAUGAAGGGGCAUGACAGCAAGAUAUUAUGCUCAUUUUCAAGAUCCCUAAGCACGGUUGGGUGUUGGGUUGAUUCCAAAGUUGAAUCUAAACUGUUUCUCUUCCCACCAAGAAAUGGUGUCGAAAAACGCUCUGGGAGGCGUUUGCUGCAUUCAAGCAAUCCAUGACCCCUUGUGUUCCGAAGCUAAUAUACACGACGGAUAUAGGCACGGGCUUGGGCUUAAUCGCAACGCAGAAACUUCACCUGAAGGCAAACAUAAUAAAACACCAAAGCUCAAAACAAGGAUCGUGCGCUGUUGACCUGCCGGCACCGUUGUGAGGUUGUAAUGUUGGUUCGGGUGUAUCAGCGCGACCUCUCACAGUCGCGAUCUCACGACUGUUUAUUACUUACGAACGCCCCUGCGGGCAAUUGCGUUCGGUGCGUUCAAUAUUCGCCAGGCGUGCAAGAAACAAUAACAAUCAACCCGAACCCUGGUGAUCGAGAUUCCUUCCUUGUACAGCGCGGAGUGCCAUUGGGAAUGGACCAGUUUUUUAUUCCCCUCCACCGACGCCGUACCUGGCUGGAUCAGAUAAAAGGUUUUAUAUCCGCACUGUUGUUUGUCUUUUUCGCAACGUGGUAGUUCAAUAAAUGAAUCAUGGUGCUUGAACAUUGGACAAUCUACAUUUCAAACUGCUUUAUUUGAAGAGGUGAAAGAGAAUAAGUCACCAAUUGGUCACCUUGGAACGAAGGGCAAAACAUGCAAGCAUUCGGUUCGGUGGAAGGUAUCUAUCAACUUAACAACAGCUUGGAAUGUACACCCUCAGCAAAUUAUUUCAACAAAACGAAUAAAAAACGAGGACACUCAAAACCUAACUUUGGGUUGCCCGGGUCGAAGUUCUUAGCCUAAUGGUUAGCAUGGACCCGCUCCUCUCACUCCAUAGCUCCCAUAGACUGGGGUACCACAAUUAUUAUGAACGUAACACACGUCUUUGCAAGCGGUGACGACGUCGAUGAUGUCAUGCAAAAUGUAGAGAACUGUGGAAGAUGGGACUGAGAGAAAAAUCAUCUUUCAAACGAGACGACCAAUAAAAAACCUUCAGACUAGCGGUGAUUCGAACGAGAUAUCGUUAACCUUCGUUUCUUUGAUCAAACAUACACCCUCAUCUUUAUGACCACCUACCCGGGAUUCAUAACGAAUUAGCAUUUCGCAACACUCCUGAGCGUCCAAAGAUGACACACCUCCAGCGGCACCGGUUGGAGUCAGUGAGUGACCAUAGUGGCCCAUCCAGCUCGUCCAGCAAAUCAGAUAGCUCGGACGGUUCCGUCUCGGAGAUCUGCGAGGUAAUGCAGGACUGGUCCCUGGACGGUAGUGACCCCCAGUCACAUCCGAUGCAGCUGCACCAUCCCAACAACCAUCAGCACCACCUUCUCCAUAAUCCGCAUCACCAUCAUCAUCACAAUCAUCAUCGCCAUCAGCCACACCACCGUACUUCGAUUCUUUCGACUCACGACCAUCUCCAACAGACACAGGAGCAGCACCAGCAGCAUCAACAACAGCAACAUAUGGGCGGAAUGAUUUCGCCCAACUCGAGCUAUACGCAGGAGGACGUGGACGAGCAGGAUGACGAUCUCGAGUACACCAAGCACGACCUCAUCAGUCUGGACAACGGCGUCAUCACCGACUACGAACGGGCCCAGGUCGAGAGCUUCUUCAGCGGACUCGGCACUGAGGUGUACGUUAGUUCAUCGUUGGCCAAUCUGUACGAGCGUGUCGGUAAGGAGGACUGGCGCUUGGUGUUUACUGGCAUUCCUGUGCUGCUACACGACAAGGGCAGCACACGGUCACGCUGCACACCGAGGGUGUCGUUCGUUUUAGCCGAGCGUGGUACGUGCUUUGCCCUCUGGAAGGAUACCAUCGACAACCUGUCCGACUAUAAGGUGGCAGCGGCAGCCUUCCACACGAUGUGUCUAUCAGCAGAUCAUCGAAAAGUGAUCGGUUUCAGCUUCGACUCAAAUCAGGCCGCCCGUGAAAUGUGGGUGCGGGUGGAGGAGUUGACCAGCAAUCCGGAAAACAUUGCCCUGUCGGCGCCGGGCAGAAAACGCAAAACCCAGAAGCGCGCCAAACCGAUCGUGCUGCCACCGAAAUCACAAAUCUCGCAACCGUGCCAGUUCAAUCAUGUUACCAGCGUUACGACCAGUGACACGCAGCGUUACUUCAGUCUCCAGGCAUUCGUUUCCGCUCCGGUCAAGCAUCGCAGUCCAUAAAGCAGCUGAAUGGUGAGACAGAACACAGUUUGGGAGCAAGCUGAACGAUCCUUUGAGCCGUUACUCGAAAUGAAUGACGUAACACACGUAAUGAAAUUCGAAAACUGAUCUAAGACACGAACAGUAAAUGUGAACCCGAUCAGCAUCAACAGGAAGUAGGAGUUUAUUUUCAAACUCACACAUAUUUAAGCCAUUUUAUUUUCCGUUCCUCAACACUUAUCUUCAUGCGUUUCACUUGUAGGAACGGAGUGCAAUCAAGGAUAUAGAUUUUUACCCUAUAUGCACAAUCGUGUCUAAUGAGCAUAAGUAGCGCGAUUGUAUGACAUUCAAUUACAUCUCAAUAGUUUACAUCUUUUCGAAGAAAAUAAAUAAAACAUCGUGUGGAGAGAUAGGGUAUAAAACAUUUCCUAAUCAAAACUUAAGCAACUCUCUUCCCUCAAAAACCAUUUAGGUUAUUUAUUCAAUUAUCGAUGGUUUUAUCUAUACUAGACAUUAGAUUCACACCUCUUUAUGUAACACAUGAAUGAAUACACAAACACACGUAUACAUAGUUCAACAGCUGCAAAGCUAUUGGAAUAAUAUAGCGCCAGUGCUAAAAUAGAAAAACACAACUAGACUGGAGUGCCACAUUUCGUAGAUGCUUAAGAACAGGUUAGAUUUAAGGAAUUGUAUCAAGAAUACGAAUGGUUGCUGUAUAGAAAAUAGGUACAGCAACUAUCAUCGUAUACGUCGGUGUCGGAUUGAAAGAUUGGUCAGUUGAAUAAAAAUGUAUGUCUGUGAUAAACGAAACUAAAACACACGAGACAUCAUCGUACAAUGUGAGCGCUGGUCGAAACGAUCACUAGAAAAUGAAGGGGGGGGGAGGGGGAAUUGGAAUGACCAAUGAUGAGCAAAUGUUAGCUGUUUUAUAAGUUAGAUGAAAUUUUUCAUUUCCCAUCAUCAGUUCAAACAUAAACUCUACUCAAACACACAUUAAACUAGCUGGUACUUUCGCUCCUUGCCACAGCGUCGAUCCCACCUGAAGGAAUAAUGUUAAGUGUACAAUCGGCGUUGUGUUUGAUUAUUUAGUUCCCAUCCAAGCAGUCCAACAGAAAAGUCAAGCGCAUACAGGUAUUCCGCGAUAUACACCAUACUCGAUAUACGCGAUUUCGCUAUACGCUAUUUUCUUAAUUUGACAGUUCUUUGAGAAAAUUCUACUAAAUUGUUACAUACAAAAUACAAAUCAAAUACAAAAAAAAUCUCUUUUGGUCGAAUUUUAAAUACCAAAGUUUUAAAAGGUAUAAAAUUGUAGUCUUCAGUUAAAGUCAGAUAAAAUAACUAAUUUAGUGGCUAAAAUCCUCCCACUUCUAGCAAAAUUAUACGAAAAUUAGCUAUAAUUUGACUGAAAACCUCUAAAUUCGACAUACGCUAAUAUUCGAGAAAAGCUAUUGCCUCCGCUAUUCCGCAUAAUUUGCGUAUAUCGGAGAAUACCUGUACUGAUUACCGUCUUUAAUAACAAUGAUGUUUUCAAAAAUAAUUUGUACACAAAGAAGACGCUUAGAGCAAAGAUGAACUUGAUAUGAACUCUCUCAACAUCAAAACGAUUGUGGUAGCGAGGUUGAUGCUUUCUAUUGAUAAAUAUAUUUGAUAGGAUGCCGAGUAAUAGUUCUCUGACUCUGCUGUAAAUAUUUGCAAACAAUCGUAUGUGUAGUUUGAAAAUAAAAAACUUAAAUUUUAUCAAACGA